UGCCUAGGAGGGUUGGCCCAGGCACAGGACUCUGAGGUGGGGAAGGAGGUCAAAGACUCUGCCAAGCUUCCUUUCCCAGCUGUUCCCUGGUGGGAGACAUUGGUUGGCAACGCAGGUGCUCCUGGCGUCAAGGCACCUGGCAGUCUUUUUCUCAGCUGGUCUUCUCAGGGCAUCUUCAGCCCUGGAACAGACACCCUGAAGGCCUCGCUCUUGGUCCUUGCUUCCCUCUGUGCCUGGUACUUCGGGUACCUGGUGACAGAGCUCAUUCCCGACUUGCAUGUCCAGCGCCGUCCACAUGGUGCGGAGCAUCGGGAAGAAGCCUGUCCUCAAAGGCGCCCUGAAGGCCUUGCUCUUGGUCCUCGCCUCCCUCUGUGCCUGGUACUCUGGGUACCUGGUGACAGAGCUCAUUCCUGACGUGCAUCUGUCCAGCACCGUCCACAUGGUGCGGAGCAUCGGGGAGAAGCCUGUCCUCAAAGCCCCAUCCCCGAGAAGGCAAAAGUGUGACCACUGGACCCAGUGUCCCCCCAACACCUACGCCUACCGGUUACUGAGCGGCGGGGGCAGAGACAAGCAGGCCAAGAUCUGCUUUGAGGACAAGCUGCUCAUGGCAGAGAAGCUGGGGAACAUCGGGAGAGGCAUCAACAUCGCCGUGGUCAGCUAUGUGACCGGGAAGGUGAUAGCAGCCCGAACCUUCGAUAUGUACGCAGGCGAUAACUCAGCACCCAUGACCCAGUUCAUUCAGAGCGCACCUGCAAAGUCCCUGCUGCUCAUGGUGACCCAAGACGACGGAAGCACCAGACUCAAGGCUGAGGCCAGGAAAGCCAUCGAGGCGCUGGGAAGCAAAGAGAUCCAGAACAUGAGGUUCAGGUCCAGCUGGGUGUUCCUGGCGGCCAGGGGCUUUGAGCUGCCCGCGGGGCUUCCGAGGGAGAAGAUCAACCACUCUGACGGUGCCAAGAACAGGUACCAUGGCUGGCCGGCGGAGAUCCAGAUUGAGGGCUGUGUGCCCAGGGAGCCCAGCUAGUGCUGCACACACUCAAUAAACGUGUUGGUAUGGCCCGAGAA